AAGCUUCAUGAGCUCCGAGUGCCCGACGGUGGGACGGACAUGUGUGGAGAGUGUGGCAGGGUAUGGCAAGAACCUCUCGUGGUUCCCUGUGCCUGUGGUGGUUCAUCUCGCCUCCAUGUCGCUCAUGGUCGUCCUCUUUGUGGCUAUGACCGUAGCUGACAUGCGUGGGCCAUCACACGCUCCCGGCUCGCAUCGCCUCCCACCAAAGUACGGCAUCUCAGUCGCUCCCAUUGUUCGCACCCUCUCGGCGCUCUCGUUCAUCAUCUCGCUCCCGCCUGUGGCGCUCUUCUACUUUUAUCACGACUACGAUGUCGAGCUGGCCUGCACCUUUGCGCCGCAGAUCCCGUUCCUCCAGCUUGUGGUCGACACCAUCAUUCUGGCCAUCGUCAUCACCUUUUUCACCGUCCGCGCCGCUGCCAUCGACAAGUUUAUGGCUUCGGCACCAUUUGCAGAGGUCAAGCCGCUUACCCGCGCUCUUGUCUUUCCCACUGGCCGCGCCGGCUUUGCUGUCCGCGUCGCCAAGACGCUCGGCGCCAUCCCGCGAUCGCCCGACGAUCCGGCUCCGCUGGCCGACGAGUCGGAGAGUGACUCUGUCUCGGACGUCGCCGCGGGCCUCUCGAACUGGUCGGCGCGCCGGCUGCUGCAGAGCGACAAUUCGCUGCCCUCGCGCCCGCGGCGGCUCAAGAUCAUCGCCGCCGACGCGUGGGCGUCAGCCACGACUCACGCCUGGGCCAAAGAAAACGUCCGCCGCGAGGGUCUCGACGCCACCCUCAAGGUCACUGACGUCCCACUCUCGUACCGGGAUGCACUUCCGUACGAUUCAGGCUCGAUGGACCUUGUCUUUACGCCGUUCCUCCUUCUCAAGCUCGGCACUGCAUUCGACAAGGACGCCAAGCGCCUCGCCGCCGGCGCCACCAUCUUUCAGGAGAUCAAGCGGGUCCUCCGCCCUGGUGGUCGCUGGAUCCUCAUCGACUUUACGUCACGGGCUGUCCAGGUCGCGCUCCAUCUUGCCAACACUGUCGGCUACGGCUCGGUCAUUGUCUCGGAUGACACGUUUCGGUUCUCGUACAAGUCGGCCAAGUACAUUGUGUGCACCAAAUCGCUAGACGACACGUCGUCAGCGAUCUUGCGCUCACGCCCGCGAUCGCAGUUGUACACUCCGGGCUCGCGGUCGCGGCUCUCACCGGCAUCGCCGUUUGGCUCGCUCAACGAGCCCGCGUCGGCCAACCUGUCGACCAACUCGCUCCCGACGGCCGACGACGACGGAUGGGAGCUCUUUCCGUCGUCGGCCGCUCUCGACAUGGCGGUCGCCUCGUUCUUCCACAUUCCGCUCGCCUCUCGACUGGCCUUUCUCGGCGCGUUCGUCUUUGACAUGGGCUUCUUUGCUCUUUGCAUCGUCGUCACCGGCGCAUACUUUCACGAGCUCCACCAUCCGCGCCGCCUUCCUUACGACGUGCAAUACUCGAGCAUGAUUGUCGGCUUUUGCGCCUCGGUCCCGCUAUUCGAGUACAUCCACCUGCUGGACAUGUACUCGCGGAUGAAGCUCCACGGCAUACUUUUGGCCACAUCAAACGCCCGCGACAAGCACCGCGAAGAAGAAGCUGCCCGCAAGGAAAAGGAACGGGUGGCCAACAUGUCCAAGAAGGAACUCGCGCGGUACAAGCGGGAGCAGAAGGAAAAGGCAGCACGUGCGCAGUGGGAGGCUGACCAGGAAGCUGCCGGCGCGGGCAAGGGCAAGAAGGGGAGCAAAGCCAGCUCGGGCAAGGGCAAGGCUGCGUCGGCCAAAGGCGGCCGUGCUGGCUCGGCGGCAGAGAAGAAGAAGCCCAAGUUCAUGGGCCCAUCGCCUGUCUCGCUCCUUAACGAGUACUGUCAGAAGAAGAAGCUCGACAAGCCGUACUUUAAGCGCGCCCGCGCUCGGCCGCCCAAGAACGCCCAGCAGGCAAGCUCGGCCCCAGCAUCGGCCACGAGGAGCACCGGCAGCAGCAAAGGCAGUGGCAAUGGCAAUGGCAGCGGUAAGGGUAAGGGCAAGGGCAGCAGAAAGGGCGGCGAUCGCGAUGAAGGUGAGGGCUCGGGUGGCUGGCAUCGCUGCAGGCUCAUCCUCAAAGACUCGGGCGGCAAGUCGCGGACUUUCUGCACGCCCGAGUCGUACCCGUCGUUCGCCGAGGCCAAACACUACACGGCGGUCAUGGGCCUCCACGCUCUACUAGGGCAGACCAAUGUCCAGCGGUCGCUCGAGCCCAAGUUCCAGAAGUUCUGGUCCUCGCUCAAGGACGAGGAGGCGCGCAACGAGAUCCAUCAGCAGCGCAAGGAGCAGAGCCUUGAGCGCCGCCGCGAGGCCGAGAUCCGCGCUCGCAAGCUCGAGGACGCGCUCCCGCGAGUCCUGCUCUCGGCCGAGGCCCAAGCUUCUAUCGAGUCCACUCUCUCUUCGAGCGCUUCCAAUGCGUGGUGGGACGCCGACGCUUCGGCAGCCUCGUCGCAGAGCUUGGCCGAGCUACCAGAGCUUCCGCAAGCUGUCGAGCGCAAGCUGGCCAAGCUCGGCUUUGGCAUCGAGCUCGUCACCUCGGCUCGCGCUGCUGCCUGCUCCAACGACUUUGACGUCCUCCGCGACUGGCUCAUCAUGAACGUCGCCGACGACCUGCUGCCCGAGCAGUACGCGCCCAAGCGCGGUAUCAAAGUCAUCACUGCGGCUGACAAGGUCAAGCUGGCCAAGGAUGGGACGACUCGCGCAGGCCGAAGCUCAGGCGCGGCCUCGUCGACCUCGUCGUCGCGGACCGCCACUCCCGCGCCCGACACGGACAUGCUCUCGGCUGCCCAGCAGUACCUGAUGGGCGGGAUGGACUCGUUCUUUGAGCGCGAGCCACUCGCGACUGCGCUUGCUUCCGCCGAAGCUGCAAUGUCGGCAGCUGGCGCCGAGGCCGAAGACGCUCUGCCGCGACUCAUUGACGCCACCGUCCAAGCGUACAUGCGGAACCACGUGUGGUCCACUGCGACCCACCAGGCCAUUGCCACCGCCGCUGCGGUGGCGGCGGCGGUAUCGGACAGUAGCGACGACGACACCGAUCCGAUUGCCGACGAGGCCACCGUUCUCGAGUCGAUCUACGACACACGGUUCCGCGCGCUUGCCCACGACCGAUGGGAGCUCGACCUUGACUCGGGUACCCGGCUCCUUGUCUGGUUCCACCCCGGCCUCAACUACCCGCACGACCUGCCAUCGCUCCUUGUCCUCAACUCCGAUCUCAAACCGGAAGUCUCGACCCACGUCGUGCGCAAGGUAGCAGCCCAUGCUGCCGAGCUCCUCGGUGGCCCGCUGAUCUACGACCUUGUUGGCUGGAUCGAGGACGAGUGGGACAACCUGCUGGCGGCGGCGUCUGUCUCGUCGCUCAAUGCCGAGCUCGGCUUUGAUGACGGCGACGACGAGGUGUCUGCCGGGGCAUCGGCUAUUGCGGCUGCAGCUGCAGCGAGCGGCGGAGGGGGCGACGGGCCGGGUGCCAGCACUCCGCUCGACUUUGCCGACCUCGGCUUUGCCCGGCCCGAGGACGGCGAACCCGACGACGAGGCUGUCAUGCACCGGUCUCGGCGGAAGAGCAAGCGGAGCGGGCGGAGCGGGCGCGGGACAACGUCGAUGUGGCCGUCGCUGGCGAGGGGACGCAGCAAGGCGGUGGCUGCCGAGUCGCGCAAGAUCAAGGCGGCGAUGGAUGCCAAGGCCAAGUCGAGCUCCAAGUACAAGACCAUGGUCAAGUUCCGCAAGCAGCUGCCGGCUUACAAGGCCAAAGACGAGGUGGUCUCGGCCAUUAACUCGUCGUCCGUCGUGGUCAUUUCCGGUGCAACGGGUUGCGGCAAAACGACCCAGAUCCCCCAGCUUGUCCUCGACGACGCCAUCCAGUCGGGUCGCGGGGCGGCGACCCGUAUCAUCUGCACGCAGCCACGGCGGCUGGCGGCCAUUGGCGUCGCCGACCGUGUCGCCAAGGAGCGUGACUCGAAGCUCGGGACCGAAGUCGGUUACCACAUCCGGCUGGAGACCAAGUUCUCCAAGGAGACUCGGCUUCUGUUCUGCACCACCGGCAUUCUGCUGCGGUACUUGCAGGGCGAUCCGCGGCUCGACUCGGUCUCGCACAUCAUGGUCGAUGAGGUCCACGAGCGGUCGGUUCAGUCCGACUUUCUGCUCAUUAUCCUGCGCAAGCUGCUUGUGGCGCGUCCGGACCUCAAGAUUGUGCUCAUGUCCGCCACGCUCAACGCCGAGCUGUUCUCGGACUACUUUGGCGGAGUGCCUGUACUGUCUAUUCCGGGGCGGACGUUCCCGGUCGAUAUUGUGUAUCUCGACACCGUGGUCGACGCCACCGGGUACGUGAUCAAGAAGAAGGACCGACGCAAGGGCUCGUCCAAGGCGCGUCCGGCGCUCAAGGGCACGUCGGCGGCCGAGGCUGCCGACGCGGCUGCUGCGUCAGACUCGGCGUCGGCGAGCGCACGCAACGGGUCGUCGACGGCGGCCAAGAUCGCCAACUACAACGACGACGAGAUCAACUACGAGCUCCUCGAGCGGCUGGUGGUCCACAUCGACGAGUCGUACGGCGAGGGCGCAAUCCUCAUUUUCAUGCCGGGUAUGGCGGAGAUUUCCAAGCUUGUGCGUGGCAUCACCGAACGAUUGCGGCGGGCGAGCGGCUCGCGGCGGCACAGCAUCCACGCGCUCCACUCCUCGCUCCCGUCGGCAGCGCAGUCGGCCAUCUUUGACCGGCCGCCGUCGGGCGUGCGCAAGAUUGUAGUCUCGACCAACAUUGCCGAGACCUCGCUGACCAUCGACGACGUAGUCUACGUUAUCGACACCGGCAAGGUCAAAGAGACGCAGUACGAUGCGUCGGCCAUGAUGCAGGAGCUUGUCACGACCUGGGUCUCACAAGCCGGCGCCAACCAGCGUGCCGGGCGUGCCGGGCGUGUCCAGCCGGGCAUGUGCUUCCGCGUCUACUCCAAGGGGCGGUUCGGCAAGAUGCUCCCACAGCAGGUACCCGAGAUCCAGCGGACGCCACUGGAGAACCUUUGCCUCCAGAUCAAGUCGCUCGAGUUUAUGGGCUCGAUCCGCGGCGUGCUCGCCGACGCCAUCGAGCCGCCCGAGGCUGACGCAGUCAACCACGCCAUCAAGUUCCUGCAGGACAUUUCUGCGCUGGAGCAGGAGGACGAAGACCGCAUCACGGCGCUUGGCCGGCUGCUAGCGAUGCUGCCACUGGACGUGGUGGUGGGCAAGGUUCUUCUCUACGGCGCGCUCUUCUCGUGCCUCGACCCGAUUCUCACGGUGGCAGCGACGCUCGGGGAGCGGUCGCUCUUCUUCUCGCCGUUUGAGGAGCGCGAGGCGGCGUCGGCGGCCCACGCCAAGUUCCUGCGCGGCAAGUCGGACCUGCUCUCGGUCGCCAACGCGUACUCGGAGUGGGAGCGGAUCCAGAACGGGUCGGGCUCGGCAGCGGCGAAGCGGUUCUGCGGCGAGAACUAUCUCUCGGCCAACGGCAUGCGGUCGGUACGGGCGAUGAAGCACAAGCUCGCGCGGGUACUCCGUGACAUGGGCUUUGGCGAGUCGGGAGCCGACCUCAACCGGUACGCGGGCAACGACCGCAUGGUUGCGGCGGUGCUUGCUGGCGGGCUCUACCCGCGGAUUGUCAAGGUCAAGCAUCCGGACAAGGAGUACACCGAGACGACGUCGGGCGUGAUUGUCAAGGAAAAGUACGAUGCCAAGGCCAUUCGGCUCUUCUCCAAGGCAGAGGGCCGGGUCUUCCUCCACCCGUCGUCGCUCCUCUUCUCCAACGACCGGUGGGAGCACCCGUUUGUGGCGUACUUUAACAAGGUCAAGACCUCGCGGAUCUUCCUCCGCGACGCCAUGAUGGUCUCGCCGUACGCGCUACUCCUGUUUGGCGGCAAGAUCGAAGUCCACCACGAAAAGUCGCACCUCACGGUCGACUCGUGGCUCCGUCUCAAGGCUCCGGCCAAGGUCUCGAUUCUCUUCCGCUCGCUCCGGGCUGAGCUCAACCGGCUGCUCGACCUCAAGAUUGCCGAGCCGCACGUGCCGAUUGACCGGGCGCCCAUUGUCGAGGUCAUUGUCGGCCUCUUUACCAACGAGCCGUCGUCGUCGGUGUAGUCUUGCCGAGCCGCUGGAUAGCUUUACUCAGCCUUGGGCUUUGCCGAAGGCUUUUCCUUGGAGCUGCUGCCGC